AUGAAGGAUCAGAUGGAAAGUUGUCUGAAGCUGCUGAAAUUCAUGGCCGAUUCCCAGUUAACGUUAACGCAGAUCAACGGCCAGAGGAAGCUGGGACCGCCGACGGAAUGGACGGGUCCACCACCUAGUCCGAAAUGCGAAAUCUUUGUCGGCAGCAUCCCACGAGAUUAUUACGAGCCUGAGAUCGUCCGAAUAUUCGGUACCGUGGGUAAGAUAUACGAAUUGCGCCUGAUGAUGGACUUUUCCGGCACGAACAGGGGAUACUGCUUCAUUAUGUACACCACCGAAGAGGAGGCAGCACGAGCAGUGAAGGAACUAAAUCAGUUUGAAAUCUAUCCCGGAAAAAGGAUCGGUGUCGUAGCCAGUAUCAAUAAUUGUCGUCUUUAUAUGAACCAGCUACCACAGAACAUGGACACUGAAACGAUUGUUAGGCGCAUCUACGAUAUAACAGACGACGUCGACAAUGUAGCCGUUUAUCGAAACAGUGACGGUCACAUUAAUUAUGUAUUGGUUUCGUACAAGACUCAUCGUGGCGCCGCUAUGGGAAGAAGACGAUUGGUACCUGAAUCCACGACGCUGUUUCGUAACUGUGAAGUAAACGUGGAAUGGGCGAAUCCAAACAUAACUCCCUCGAACGUGGUGGGUAUACGAAAACAUUUUUAA